GACCGAGAGGAGAUCAUUGUUAUUUUGGGUUAUAUAGUCCAAAUAAAUUACGGAGUGGUUUUGCGAGCCCAUUUAUCUUUCUCACCAUAAACCAACCGUCUUAAUAAAUUUAUCUUCUAAAAAGAAAGUAAAGAAGAUGGGGUUCCAAGUCUCUUCCACAUCGCCGGCCACUAAAUGGAUUGGCUUUGUCACCGCCGUCUGGGUCCAAGCCAUCUCCGGCAACAACUACACCUUCUCCAACUACUCCGACGCCCUCAAGAACCUCAUGGCACUCACUCAGCUCCAGCUCAACAACCUCUCCGUCGCCAAGGAUGUCGGAAAAGCCUUCGGUCUCCUCGCCGGCGUCGCUUCCGACCGACUCCCCACCCCCGUCAUCCUCCUCAUCGGCUCAGUCGAAGGCUUCGUGGGCUACGGCGUCCAGUGGCUCGUCGUCAGCGGCCGCAUCCAGCCUCUCCCCUACUGGGCCAUGUGCAUCUUCCUCUGUAUGGGCGGCAACAGCACCACCUGGAUGAACACCGCCGUCCUCGUCACCUGCAUCCGCAAUUUCAGGAAGAACAGAGGCCCCGUCUCCGGAAUCCUCAAAGGCUACGUCGGACUGAGCACCGCCAUCUUCACCGACCUCUGCUCCGCCCUGUUCGCCGACGACCCGGCGAAGUUCCUGCUCAUGCUCGCCACAGUUCCCUUCGCGGUCUGCACCGCGGCGAUCUUCUGCCUCCGCGAGGUGGCGCCGUCGGAGACGGCGGAAGAAGAGCGGGACGAGGCGAAAUACUUCGGGGUGGUGAACGCAGUCGCCGUGGCAAUCGCGGUUUACCUUCUGGCGUUCGACGUGACAGGGCCCCACGGGCGCGUGUUCUCACGGAUCUUCGCGGCCGUGCUGAUGGUUCUGCUGGCUUCUCCUCUGGGAAUCCCAAUUCGGCUGAAAGUUAGAACCUGGACGACAACGGGAGGGGAUUGGAAAGGGGUCCGGGACUUGGAAGCGAGCGCGGGGGCGGCGGAGCCGUUGCUGGGCGGGGGAGAAGGGGAUCGGGGCGGGGAAGGGGAGGAGGAGGAGGGGAGGAGGAAGGCGCCGGUGAUAGGGGAGGACCACACGAUAGUGGAGGCGGUGAAAACGGUGGAGUUCUGGGUGCUGUUCGUGUCGUUUCUGUGCGGGGUGGGGACGGGGCUGGCAGUGAUGAAUAACAUGGGGCAGAUGGGGUUGGCUAUGGGUUACGCAGACGUCUCCAUCUUCGUGUCGCUCACCAGUAUUUGGGGCUUCUUUGGCCGCAUCCUCUCCGGCUCCCUUUCCGAAUACUUCAUCAAAAGAGGUGGAACCCCAAGACCAGUGUGGAACGCAGCUUCUCAGGUUCUAAUGGCAGUAGGAUACAUCACCCUGGCGAUGGCACUGCCGGGCUCACUCUACAUCGGCUCCAUCGUCGUCGGAAUCUGCUACGGCGUCCGUCUCGCUGUCACAGUCCCCACUGCCUCCGAACUCUUCGGCCUCAAGUACUACGGCCUAGUAUACAACGUUCUCAUCCUCAACCUCCCCCUCGGCUCCUUCCUCUUCUCCGGUUUGCUGGCCGGAUUGCUGUACGACGCCGAGGCCACCCAGACGGCCGGUGGCGGCAACACCUGUAUCGGCGCACACUGCUACAGGCUGGUGUUCAUAGUGAUGGCUGUCGCGUGUGCUGUUGGGUUCGGACUCGACGUCCUUCUUUCCAUUCGAACGAGGAGCUUGUAUUCCAAGAUAUAUGCAUCCAGGAGAUCCAAGAAGAUGAUUGCCUCUUCUUCUUCAUCAUUGUCUUAAAGAAAAAGAAGAAGAGGUUUUCUCCAUUCUCAUUCUUGCAAGUCUUGUGUUCAUGGAUAUUUAUUGAAAAAACCUUGCUGAACCCCAAGUUUCACCCGCAUUUGACCCAAUGCGCUCACAGAAAUCCCCGAAACAAAACAGUGUUUCAUAUCUAUGAAGACAUUGAGAUCAAAUGUAAGGUACCACAACUUUGGGGUUCACCAAGCGCGACUCUUUUUUUCCUCUGGCGUUAUAGCCAGAGCCAACAUGUAUUCGUUCAUUAAAUUGUUUCAUUGAAUUGAUAUGCAAUGCAAAUAAAUUUUUUGAGUACCA